UAGUAAUAGAUAAAUAAAUUCAGCUAGCUGUGACGUCCUAACCUUAUAAGAGAGAUCGUCAGAAAGGUGACAUUCGAAAUAUAAUUAUACACUUACCGGAUACAUAGACUGAUUUUGCUAGGUGAAACCUAACCUCUAUUGGGACUGUAAGGUGUGAGUUCAUAGAUAAAUGUGCAAUCGUUCUGUUUCAGCGUGGUGGCAUGGCGGUGCGGUGAUGGCGGAUGGCGGCGCGGAGGCGGGCGCGGGCGAGUGCGCGGCGCGCGGCGCGGCGCUCGAGCGCGCCUACGUGCACGAUGUGUACGAGCAGGCGGGCGAGGACGACGCGCCGUGCGCGCCCGCGCCCGCCGUGCGCUCCUUCCUCAGCGAGCUCGAGCCCGGCAGCCUCGUGUGCGACGUCGGAUGCGGCAACGGCAAGUACCUGAGUGUGAACCCUUCGGUGUACGCGGUGGGCGGAGACCGAUGCACGAGGCUGGCAGCGCAGGCGCACCAUAGUAACAACGAGGUGGUGGUCUGUGACAACUUGAGUCUACCGUUCCGCGAUGAGUCGUUCGACGCAACGCUGUCCAUCGCGGUGGUGCACCACUUCGCCACGGUGGAGCGGCGGGCCAUGGCGCUGCGGGAGCUGGCCCGCAUCACCAGGAUAGGCGGCCGGUUGCUGCUCACGGUGUGGGCCAUGGAACACGAGGGAAGGAACUUUCAUUCGCAGGACGUGUUAAUACCCUGGCAUCGACCGGCAACGUUAUGUCCUCCACCACCGGCACCGCGGUUUCUAUCUGUUGAAUAUGACCAUUGUGCUGAACCUUGGAAAAGUCACGACGGCUCACCUGGCUCGUCAUCGCUGUCAUCGCCCAACGAAACAUGUUAUUCAUUUGUAAGACGUGCUCUACAACGAUUGGCAGGACGUCGCUCCUUCCUACCUUCUUGGGGAAUGAGCACCAGGGUCAUACAAAGGCCUUGCCAACGUCCCGAACCUGCUGCAGCAGACCUCCCAAUAGAAUUGAGACGAUUAGACGAAGUUCUCCCACCUAGAUUGGUUUCGCAGCCCUCUGAGUCGUCUACAAUGAAAUCGCGGAGCCUCACAGACAUCGCCGAUAUAGAACGCCGUGCAUUAGUCCGUUCGAGAUCAAGUCUCCCCAGUUUAGGUGGAGAAGAAAACGAACCAGCACCAGUUGAACAACCUGUUCAACCAGUUGUAGAACCACGCAAGAAACCUCGGCUUGUCAAACAGAAGAAGUCAAUCAAUGAAGAUGAUGCCGACGAAGACCUCGAUAAGCCAACAGAUAUGAAGAGUAUGGUUGAGGAAAUGCCAAACUUCAAAAUACACACGCAAAAGUCGUUCUCUAGGAAACCUGGCGUGUUUAAACAAACUUCCCUGAAUGAGGAAUUGAUGUCAGUUGAAAGGUUAAGAGAAAAAGAGCAUCUUCGUAAGAAUAUACAAAAACAAGCGUCACUUAACGAAGAAUAUUUGUACCGAAGACCAGGGGCACUUGAUUCUAUUCGGGACUCUAUAUUUUCUACGUCGGCAACAACUGCGAAAAAAUUCCAAUCCCUUAAAAACGGCCUCACAAAUAAGUUCAAAACUUCAACAACGAAUAUAGAUAAAGUGACAGUGUUCGUGAGAAUGCUCCAAGGUUGGAAAAGUCACGGACCAGUGCCAGAAGUUCCUACACCUAGUGAUAGUAACGCUAACAGUGAAAAAAGUUAUCCUGAAAGACGACACUCCAGAGAAGAUGGUUCAGAUUCUUCUAAAGACAGUAGUUUACAAAGUGAUACGAGUGUUGAUUCAGAAGAUAGUUUCGCUUCGGUUAUUUAUGUUCCCAAAGCAGACGGUUCUGGUGAUCCAUUAUCUCCAACACCUUUAUCUCCAGGGCCUACUUCACCAAGACUCAAAGUAUCAUCGGUUCCAACUUCACCUAGAAUGAAAAACUCGCCAGGGUUGCCAUCUCCGAGAAUCAAACAAGCAUUCCCACUAAUACGACCGCCUGGUUCACCUAACGCUGUGCAAGCCCCAGGAGCUGUCCAUAACAAAAUUCUAGUAGCACAAUAUAGCUUAAAGAAUUAUACAACUACAAAUAAUGUUUGCAUAUCCCCAGUCAAACCUCAGUCAAAAAGUCAGCCAAAUUCACCUCCAAAGUCAGAACCAGAAGUUAAUAUUAUUGACACAGAAAUUCCACCUAUCGUAAACAAACCUCCUCCUCCUCCUAUAGAAAUAUUUGAAGAAUUCGAUCCAAUACCUCCUAUAAAAGAAGAGGAAGAAUCACCGACUACCGAGGUAACGAAAGAAUUGCUCGCGGAAAUUAAUAAGGACAUAGAAGAAAUUCAUAAGUUAACAGCAGAAACAGACGAUUUAAAACCUCGCGUUUUACAAGAUGUUAAACCAUACCCAAAGAUUACAUUACAAACCGUUGCAGAACUCCCAGAAAUUCCUCAAUUUAAACCAAAAGCACCAAGUAAGUCACCGACCAAAGAUACAUUAGAUUCGAGAUCUGCAGAUAAAAAGAGAAAAGAAAGAAUACGGCAAAUAAAGGAAAUGUUAAACAAAGGCAUACCACCAGUAAGUCGAAGACAGCAGUUCCCCAUAGUGCGGAGUAUGAGCAAAACCGAGCCGAUCAUUAAGACCAAUGCAAAAUUUAUGUCAUUGGAAUUGUUUAAUCCAGCUACAGAUGAUAUGGAUAGUGAUUCAAGUGGAGUAUCUUCACCAGAUUCUGUAGACAGCGUCAUAAGUGUAGUUCCUGAUGAGCUUCGGAAAAUUGCCAUGGAAAAAGAUUUACCAAACCCUCCAACCACGGAAGUUAAAAGCACCGAUAAUUCAAUGUCAAAUGAAAAACAUAGUACCACAACAACCACUCCCCAUACCUUAGUCGAAGCUGUCGCUGAGGUGGCGCAUUCGUUGGAUGAGACUUGCGAAACUGUAAUUCAAUCAAGUCCAAGGUCCAAAAGACGCUAUUUCGAAAAGUUGGAAAGCGCUGAAGCUAUCGCAAUUGUACAAGGUGCUUCCAGUAGUAGUAGCAGUAGCAACUGGAGCUUAAACAAGUUAUCACCUGGAGAUUUAAGAAUAUUAGAAGACAGAUCUAGAUCUCAAUCCCAUACUAGCUCGAGCGGGAGCUCUUCUAGUCUAGAGCGUCUCUCCCCUGGAAGGAGAUCAAAAGAUCGUUCUCCCAAACUAGGUAGCACAAGCAAUUCUACGUGGAGCUUAAAUAGAUUGUCUCCUAAUAGACCCGAAGGUCGAUCUUUAGACGAAAAUCUAAGCAAAAGUCAUAGAAGUCCAACAAGACACCCAUAUGAUUCAUUAUCUAUAUCGAGUACAGAUUCCGAAAAAUCUAUAUCAAAAUCAGAAAGCUUUAAUAGGAUACAAAAUGAGCCAUUAGUAACUUGCAAAUCAGAUAUGAUGUCUAAAGAAGAAGAUUGGAUGACAGAUCAACAAGAACGCAGUCAACAUUUAACAGAAUUUGCUGAGAAGCUUAGUGAGAAGUUAUUACAAGAAAUAGAUCAAUAUUCUAAACGGAUAAACGAGGAGGAUUUCGACCUGCCAAGUAGUAGCAGUAGCGAAAAGAGUAUAUCUCUUAGAUUAAAGCGCGAGGAAGAAGAUAGACAUACCCAAAAAAUAUUAGAUGAAUUGUCUAACAGUUUACAACAUCUUGAGGAUCCGUAUAACAAAUUAAAUUUAGAAUCUCACAUAAACAGCAAACCAGCAGGCGAAAAAGUCAAAUACAUAGCAUCUAUUCACGAUACCCAAGAAACUGAUAUCAAUAAACUGUUCCCAAAAUGUAGCACAAAGACUAAGAGCAAAAAGAGAUCAAAAGAUGUCGAUCCGAUUAUCAAUAAGUACAGAGAGCUUAAAAAGUCAAUGAAGGUAACCAGCGACGAAGAUAUUUAUCUUAACAAUUGUGCCAACAUACAGUACAACGUUAAACCCAUGACAGACGAAAAAUUACCCGAUAUUGACGCUAAAAACCCGGAUGACGACAGCGCUAUUUCAUCGAGCAAUGGCAAUCCUGAAAUAACAAUCGAAUCUGGAACUUAUGAUACCAGCCAAUCUCUAGAAACUGGUUACUCAUUAGAAUCUGAAAUCAGCGUAGACUCUCUAUGUACGAGUACUGACAAACGAUCGUCAUUAAAAGUUGGACAGUCUACUGACUCGAGCGAUUUAGAUAAGAUGGAAAUAAGUCCAGAAUCUGUAACUUCACGAUCGAGCACCAGUACUGCGCCGCUUAAAUCCGGAUUUUCUAUAGAGUCCAGUGACACGUCAGCGGGUAGCGAUUGGAGCCGUCGUGAUAAAACUGGGAGUACAGCUUCUCUUGGCUGCGUAAGUCUAGCUUCGCUACCAUCGUGCAGUGAGUGUUCGAAGGAGAGGAAACUUCUAGAGACUCGCUCAUCUUCUGAAGACCCUGCCACUGUUCCUACGGCAGCAGCUCGCGCGCUUCCUCACGCACCACUAUUGCCGUCUUUGAGCGAUGGAUCCGACAGUCUACCCUCUGAGGGAGGCGCAGUGACGUACCACCGAUAUUACCACGUCUUCAAGAAAGGCGAACUGGAUCAGUUGAUAGAGAAAUACGUGGAAAGUCUCCACGUUGUUUCCUCGUAUUACGAUCAAGCCAGCUGGUGUGUUAUAGCUGAGAAAGUUCAAGUGUGGACUAUUUAAGUUUACAGAUUGAUAUUUUUGAUAUCAACCAAUGUGGGUGUAAAUUUACAGGUGUACCAACUUUACAGUUGACACUUAGUCUUAUGAUAACCAAACGGCUAUAACAAUAAAUUUUGUAUAAGACACUUUAGUGCAGUGAAUAUCCAAGUGACCUUCCUUGCGAACUCUUAGCGAGUCUUAAGGACAUGUUCAUGAUAUCGGAUUAUAUAGAGUUAGCUCUAUGAGAAAUGCCAAAAGCAAAGCUUUUGUUUUUUUUUUAAUAUAUUCUAGAUACUUGAUACUUUAAUAGUUGUUAUCUCUAUAUUCAUACCAUUCGUCACUUACUUCUGAGGGUAGUCAGAACAACGCGACUACCGCCCUCUCUCGGGGGCAUUUGGUAUUCGAUGCGAUACCAGAUUUCGUAUGAAAUGAAAACUAAGAGCUUUAAAUAGUAAAAGUUAAAUAUAAUAUAUUAUAUACUUCAACGGCUCAAUGUUAAUAUAAGCUAUUCGUAGCUUAUUAAAUAUAAUCUGACAUUCAUGUAUACUUGCAGAUGUAAUAUUACUUGCCAUCUAAAGGUGUGUCUAUACAUAUAGCGGCAAACGCGCGGCUGAAACGCGGCGUUUUUAGAACAUAAUUCGGUCGCGAAUCAGUUAUAAUAUGCCUAUAAAUAUGUACGCCCCUCUACGCAAUGCAACGUUUCGCACUCUGUCAGACAGUACACUCAGAUAUCAAUAUGUAACUAUUUCAUACAUCACAGUAAGAUCCCUUACUCCGUCAGUCGUCCCGGCGUCGUAUGAAAAUAUACAAAAAGUAAGGCUAGGUUCAGAUGUCGAAAAUCGAAUGCGCCACAAGAUAACCAUAAUAUUCACUUUACCGUGCGGUGCCGUGCGUUGAAUGAAGUAUGUAAAAUUUAUGGUUAUCAAGAUGCGCGAUUGGGUUACUCGCGUUAUUUUUGUCAUCAUCUGAACCUAACCUUAUUUUUAGGGGAUCAUCAUACGACAUAUAAAUAACGCACAGUGGGUAGUUGAAAAUUACAAAAAAAAAAUGUUUAAAAAAAAAAUUACUGGAUAUUUUUUUAAUAGUCAUAGUCACGCCUGAGUAUGUUUAGACACAUCUUUAACUACUAUCUGAUUUAUACCAUUCACCAAGAUCACCGGUGUUUAUCAAACUAAUAGUCACCGAUUAAUUGUACGCGGUAAAAUUAUUCUAUGACAAUAACAUUUAAAUUACUUAUUUAAGGUCUUUAAAGUUACAUAUCGCUCCAAAAGUGUAUUAGUUGCCUUUUUUAUCUUAAAAGCUUUUACGGUUUUGGCUUAUGGUAUAAAUCGUGUGAAUAUAAUAUUGAUAUAUAACUAUUGUACCUACCCUACGAUUGAAAAUUGUUUUCAGUAUUAAAUUCUCAAAUGAGCUGGUCUCGAUUGUAUUCCAUUUUAUGAAUCGUACAUAUAAGGGUCCAUAUUGUUUUCGAAUCCGGUGUAAUUUGGUUCAUUAAAAAAAAAAAUUGGACCACUUAGUGAGGAUAGAAAUCGUAGUCAAGUUAGCGUCGUAGAUCAUUUUCCAGCAAACAUAUACAGGGUGUUUCCGAAACGGGCAUCGAAUGACAGCUGUCAUUAUAGGUACCAGAAAGAUUUAUUUUGAGACGUUCAUAGACAAUUCAUCCGAUCUAAGAUAUUGUAGAAUAAUUUUCUUUCUACAGAACAUGUUUUUUUUUAGUAUAACAAGUAUAAUUUAUACAUUCACAAAAAAUUACAAUGCUUAAUUAUUUUUUUUUAAUUAAUACUUGAACAGAUUUAAUACUUUUUAAAUCAUAUAAUUGUUAAUAUUUUAGGGCUCAGAUACCAUACACGAUGCUCGUUUUAAAAACAAUCACCUGUGUACAUGAGAGUACAAAAUACUCAAUACGUUUUAGUACCUAUAUAAGAGUACGUUUUAUAAAACGCCCGAUAGAUGGCGUUCUCAUUUUUAAUCUCUUAAUCCAAUGCGCAAUUUUAUUAUUAAUUUCUCUAAUUUUUCCUCAACGUUAUAAUAUAUAAGCGAAGAAAACGAAUUACAUAUAUUUCUUUUUUCAGUAACUUUUUAAAUAGUUAAAUUACCUUAUAGAUAAGUUGUAAACAGAGUGUAAACAUAAUAUGUUGUAUAGAAUUUAUAUUUUCUGAAAACUUUGAUUUUGGAUAUACACUUAAGUAAGGUGUCAACUGCAAACGCGUUUGUUUGUGUAAACUAAAAUAACGUCAACAUAGCAGAAACGCAUUGUUAAAAUACCAACUUGGAGCAUUACAGGAGACGUGUGUCAUCGAAAAACGCAGCGUAAUUAUGUUUCUGUUUUGCUGAUGCUCCUUCAGAGAUACACGCCCGAUCUGAACACGUCACCACAGGCCAAACCGUCAUCAGAAAAUAGGAUAUCUAUACAGCGUACCAUCUUUUAUGUGAUCUUUUUAUUUAUCUGUACCAAUAAAGGCAAAUAUAAAACCAAAUGAGAUAGGUACUGCAAGUAAAAACACAUUAUUAAAAAAUCCAAAGUUUUUAAAAAUUUAGGACGUUCUCAAUUCGAGUAUUUUUUUCCUAAAUAACGACAAUUUUGUAAAAUGUAUCAUAUGUAUUACCGACAAAUGAAAACUCAUCUAAUAUUUAAAGCUUCAGACCCUCAAUUGUCACAUUAAAAACAUAUUUUAUUUGUUUAUUUUAAAAAAAAUCACGAUAAACCAUAUCUCCAACUAGCAAACAGCUAUCGUCUUGGCAACCUUUAGCAGUGUUUAACGAAUUUUUAUCAAAUUGGAAAAUUAAACAUACAUUAAAUGCUCGUUAAGCCAAAAGUGUGACUACAUACAUCCUGGAAAAAAGACAAAUUCUCUCUAUCUCUUUUUGGUUUUAUAUUUUACUCUACUGUACCAGAUAAAUAAAAACACUGUAGAUGCAAACACAAAAAAAAAAAAAACUUGUAUUCGAUAAUUGGAUAUGUAUAUUCAUCACGAUGUUGUAAAUAAUUGCUAUUAGGUGUAAGUAUAUAAACGCUAUUAGAAAUAUAAUAUAAUAUAAUGUUAUCAAAAAACAGUGAGAUUAAAAUUAAAGUUAGUAUAGUGAAAUAACACAAAUGCACAUUUAAUUCUGAACUUAAUUGUAUUGUACCUCUGUAUCAUCUAUCUAUUUUAUACAGGAUGUCCUAGAUACGAGUAUAUAGAUGCAAAAUCUAGAGAUACCCAAAUUAUUCUCAUCCAUUUAUUUAUACAUAUUUUAUUGCACAAAAGAUAAUAAUAACAAAGAAAAUAGAAGAGAACAUCAUAAACAACUAUGUGCAAAGGCGGUCUUAUUGUUUUUAUUAUAUUUAUUUAUCUAUGUCUGUUUCGCGAUUUUUAUACUUUUAGAUUUUUGAUUCUUUUUGUAGCUUUUGACGAAUGAGGUACUAUGGAUUAUCUUCACCACGAAUUAUGUACCAAUUUCUGCCAUAUUUUUUUUUUAUUAUUUCAUAAUUAUGAUUAAUUCUGAUAACCAUUUUAGCUUCGAUAUAUUUUUUAAAUCUCUCAAUUAUUUACAUAUUUAUCUAAUUUCGGAGAUGUGUAAUUGAAUAUUUUUAUUUAUAUCAUCAUUACCAACCCAUAUUCGGCUCUAUAUACUUCUUCAAUAUUUUAAUUUUAUUUUUUACUGUCGUGUAGUAGUACUGUGUAUGUAAAAGUAUUAAUAAAAUUAUGUUUUCUUUUGGAAAAACUGUACCAAAAAUUUUACUUUGCAUCCAAAUAUGCUUGUUCGAACGAAAUCACUAAAUACCUACCGUAAUAAAAAUAUUGAAAUAAGCAGAGUCAAUAAUUUUAUUGCAAAUAAAUUGUCGACUGUCAAUAACCAUAACACCCUGUAGGCUACAUCAACAUAAAACAAUCUUCAAUUUAAUGUUAAAAAGUGACGUCAAAACCAUCGUCGUGAAAAGAGACGUCAAAUACAAUACAAUACCCUUAUUAAUUUUCAACACUUUUUCCACAUAAAAUAGGUUCGUUCCACAAAUCAGUAACCGAACAACAUGUUAAAAAGCAACCAAACUUAAAACAGUUGUAUCCUUCCACAAUGCGAAUGUUGUGACAAGGGUAACUAUUUCAAAACUUGAUUAAAUAUUAAAAAAAACUUACUUGAAAAUCUAGAAAAUAAUAAAAAAUUCAGUAUUUUUAAAAUUUUUAUGUAACACUCAGUAUUGUUAUUUAUUUAAAUAAAAAUUAAGUUAAUAGAAAAUUUAUUCCAAAUUCCAAAAUAUCUGCCUAUUAUUCUUUAAUCAGUGUUAAGUGAUUAAUUAAAUGUGCAUGAAGCAUUUAGGGUUAUAUGCAAAAUAGUAAAUAAUAUUGAUACUGUAGUAUAUAGGACGAAAUUAUGUAAAGAAAAAUGCACAACAUUUAUAUAAGUAUAUAUACAAUUAUUUUUACGUUUGCUUAAGAAAUUUAUUGAUCAUAAAAUUUCCUUCAACGGUCUACUAACUUGGCGCUAGUGGGUUGGCUUUUUUCAUAUAAAACAAUAAGUUUUAUUAAAACUAAAUAAUUAUAAAUGUAUAAACCUUCAAUCUGAUUUGAAUUUCCAAAUAAGUUAAUUUCUUACAAAAUAUUUUCAAUACUUUAAAAAUAAUAAUAAUCAACUUACACAUUAAGUAGAUACAAUUCGUUACUUAAUAAAAACAAAUAUACAUUAAAAAGUAUGGAGUUCCUUAUAUAAAUGCCAAAAUUCAUUCCCUAAAAGGGGUUUAUCAAUUUAGGGUUUCAAUUAGAACCCGUUCCUAAGAUAAAGAUGUAUCUAAAAAUUAGCUUUUCUUCCGACUCAUUCUCUACUUGAAAGAUCAGCCCCUGUAGCCAAGUGGAACUUCUAUUCCCUUUCUACGAUCGCAAACGCGUCGGAAACUAGAAAAAUGUUUGCAACUGACGAAAUUGAUCACGUGAUCUGUCGAUAGCAAAUGUCAUUCCCAUACAUUUUUCUAGUUUUCUAAGCGUUUGCGAUCGUAGAAAGAGAAUGACGUGCCAUUGCUUGGCGUGCAUGGCUUGAGGGGCAGUAAUCGGACUAGAGAACAAACGUAAGGUGUUACGGGGAAAUUAAUGAAACGGGGAUAUACCUAUCGAAAUUUGAAUCUACUACCUUUAACCCGACUGUAAGAAGGGUUAUUAAAAUUUUCCACAGCAAACAUUUUUUUGGCUAAUUUAGUAUCCAAAUUGAAUUUUAUUCGGAAUCAUUACGAAAAAAAUUGGAAUGUCCCCAUUUUCGUAAUCACCCCAAAACACUUUGUAUAAAACAUUUAUUUUCAUUUACAAAUACGUUAUUUUACAUAAAAACCUUUAGCGCCAAAUUAGCCCUCUUAGCAAAGAAAAACUUCAAUUGGAUAUUUAGUAAAAUCGUCGAAAUACAGGAUAAUUCUAAAGUAUGUACCAUGUAAAUCAUUGAUGAUGAAAAAAAGGUGUACUUUCCUUAAGUAGCAUCGAACUUUUAUAUUGAAACUUUUGCCCAUUCAGCAGUAAAAUUUCUACACAAAUUGACACGUACAUAACCAUGAACAAUUGGUCUAAUAGUGAUAAUCAAUAAUAUCUAAUAAGUACCUAAUAAACAAUCGAUAGUUGCAAUAAAAAAAAAAUAAGAAAGUUCGAUGAUAAAUCAGUUGAAUGUUGACUGGUCUAUAUUUAUGAAUUUUGACGUCACAAAAAAUGUAAACUAAAGCGGUUAUAGCAAACACUUCUAUUUAUUUUACUAGACGAGUUUACAAAACUAAGACUAAAUUUUGAAAAUUCUUUUAUUGUUUGAAAGAGAUCCAGACCCAUUUCAUUUUCAUGAAAAUCGGUUUAUUAUUUUCUGUUAAAAUCAAAAUAACUGAAAUACGUCUUUGAAGUCGGUUCCAUUUUUAUGUUAAAAAGAUUAUAUUUCAUGAUCUUAGAAAAUACAAUGUAUGCCACUACACGUGAUUAGCCAUUGUAACACUCGUGCCAAUCUAUUGUGCUAUUAGGCUUCGCCUCAUUGGCGCUCGGCUACUAGCUAUCGUGUUAUAAUGACACUCAUGGCUUUAAUGACUACUUCAGAAUAUCCCUUCGUAAUUAUUCUAAAGCACCUUAGUGAGUCCGUAAUAAUCUACGUAAAUACAUGGAAGUGUUUGCGUUUUGUAUAACUAGAUACACGAAAACACUACGUAACGGUACGUUUUCGUAAUUGUUUUAAAUUCAAUCUGGAGGAAUGUAAAAAUAUUUUUAAGUUUAGGAAUUUAAAAUGCCCAAAUGUACUAUGAAUAAUUUCAUAUUAACUCACGCAUAUCAUGCUGUUUAAAUGUAGUGAAUGUAAAACUUAUUUUAAAAUUUUCAGAUGUUCGUUCAGAUGAUCUUUUCUAUGUAUUGCCUGAUCAGAAAUUUAAAAAGCCUGAAUUGGGGACGCCACAAAUAUUUUUAGCAGUCUGUGUUUUGUAUGGUAAUGAAAAUAAUUAGUUCUCUAUUUUUCCGCAAGAUUUUUUUAUAUAAUUCUGGUCAAGCUAUCUAUAUUGUAUUCAUCGAUUUCGUGUGGAACCUUAUAAGUGAAGUGAAUCAAAAAAAUGUGCCGGUUAAUGUGUUAUUUUAUGUAAAAGCAAAGGUGAAAUUUACUUGCUAUUUUCAACAAAAACCUGACCAGUCUCACUCCAUUUGGAAUCCGACAAAACACCCUGAGCGCUUGUAAAUUUAAUGGUAUCGAUCUAACGUUUUCAAUUCAAUCAAAAAUUACACAAUCUCGAUACAAAGCGUUUUGGGGUAUUUCAUCGGCUUUGGAUCUUCACAUUUAUUUGUCAGGGUUUCGAGGGAAAAUAUUUUAUUGAUAAUAAUUGAUAAUCGUAAAUCACUGCGCCCAUUUCUAAAACCAUGUUAUGAUGUAUAAAAUAUUCUCGGUUGUAAAAAUUGGUUCUACUGUAGGUACACCAAACGUAAAACUAAAUUGACAGGACUAAACGUAGCGCUGUUUUUUUAAUUUUAAAAGUGGUUGUCGAAAAGGGUUCUCAGCAUGAAACCUGUCAAGUAAUUUUAUAUUUUUGGUUAGAACAAAUUAGCAAAGCUCUUGUAUCUAACAACGACCUUAUCCAUAAUAAUAUUUUAACUAACGAACAAACCAAAUUAUGCAUGUUUUUUAAAUUACUAAUCUUUUUUCACCAUAAAUUAUAUACUGAAAUGUAGAUCCUUCUUUUCUUUCCUUUAUAACUUUUGGCUGGUGGGAGGCUUCGGUUGUGGCUAGAUACCACCCUACCACCAAAGACGUACCGCCAAGCGAUUUAGCGUUCUGGUACGGUGUCGUGUAGAAACUCCUAACAAGUUAGCCGGCUUCCAUCUUAGAUUGCAUCAUCACUUACCAUCAGGUGAGAUUGCAGUCAAAGGCUAACUUGUAAAAAAUAAAAAAAAAAACUUUUAGAAUUUAAACUAUCGUGAGUGUUAUUCAUAUUAAUUUAUUAUGAAACACGGCUAAAACUCAGUUUGGAUCGUGCCGCGAUGCAGGAACCAGCUCAUGACUAAGGGCCCCGCAUGGGUUCAAAACUACUCUGACCUAAUAUUACGUGAGUUUUAGCCGUGUUUCAUAAUAAAUUAGUAUUCCAGUACUGUCUGAUUUUUUGCGCUUGAUUCUAAUAUUAUAAAGAAUGAGUGAUAAUCAUAUGUAGAAUGAGUAAGAGUCAAAAUUUUGACAAAAAGUUACUAAGUAUCGUUAUUUUUUUUUUGCGAUUGGUACUCAUAUUAAUGUGACGUGCACUUCAUACAUGCAUUAAAAUACUGCAUACCCUAAGAGCUGUCUUCAUAGUGCUUGUUGAAUACAGAUUUCUCCAGUUUUUUUUAAUUUCAUUACUAGUGCAUACUCUGGUCGACAACCUUUUGCACGCCACUGGUGAUGUACCCUCAUUUUGCGCUAAAUAAUAUUGUUAGAAUGAUUGAAUCGAAUACGAAUAUUGUAUGCGUAAUAUAAGAUUGCAUUGGUUUAGAAAUCUAUAGAAAAAUGCACUUUUUUAGUAUCAUUAUUAUAGCUCGUAUAGAAUUAUCAUCAUCAUUAUCAAUUCAUAUUUGGCUCACUGCUGAGCUCGAGUCUCCUCUCAGAAUGAGAGGGGUUAGGCCAAUAGUCCACCACGCUGGCCCAAUGCGGAUUUUUCGAAAAUUCUCUGGUAUGCAGGUUUCCUCACGAUAUUUUUCCUUCACCGUUUGAGACACGUGAUAUUUAAAAAUGCACACAACUGAAAAGUUGGAGGUGCAUGCCCCGGACCGGAUUCGAACCCACACCCUCCGGAAUCGGAGGCGGAGGUCAUUUCCACUGGGCUAUCACGGCUCUAUAGAAUAAUUAUGGAUCUUAAAUAAUUAUUAAUUUUAGUUUGAAAAUUUUAUUUUUAAGUGAAUCAUUAGCAAUAAUUGACAUGCGUAUAUGUGAUGAGUUUUAGAACGUAAGGUCAAUUCAUUUUGAAACUACUAUAUGUAUAUUUUUUUUAAUUUUAUGUUUUUUCCAAAAAAAAAAACUCGAUGAUUCGAUGAUGAUUGAAGGUCCGGGUCCAGCUGAGAGAAAAAAAAUACUUACGUAAUUUUUCCUAGGUCAUUGAUGGUCCAGACUUUUAAUUUUUUUAUACUGCAUUCCAUGAAGUUAAAACAUUCUGUUAAUUUUUUUUUCAUUUAAUGUAUAUUAUUUUUUUUUAAUUUAAAAAAAAGCUUCUUCAAGGUUAAAUUUUUGACCUACAUUAUCCUACGAACCUAAUAUCUAGCUAAAAUAGUUGUUAGAUAAUAUACAUAAUAUGUUCAUUUAUCAAUGAAUGCCCAAAGUAUUUUUGAAUUGCACAUAUUAAAAAAAAACACUUAGCGCUAUUUCAACUCAAAAUUGGACAUCUCACAAUUUCAAAUCUUUAAUACAACUGAACUUUGCACAAAUUCAUUAUAAUGAGUUCCGGUAAAAUGUGUAGAAACUGAAAGGGGUGUGGAUUUUCAACCUCCUCCUAACAAGUUAGCCCACAUUCAUCUUAGAUUGCAUCAUCACUUACCAUCAGGUGAGAUUGUAGUCAAAGCUAACUUGUAAAUAAUUAAAAAAAAAUUGACCGAUGACAAAUAAAUUGAUUUAUUUAGCUAUCCUUCGCCCUUAAGUACAACGAAUCCUAGUGACGUCACACAGAUCUGAAAGAAAAUCCUAUAUGUAUUUAAGUUUAACCCCAAAAAAUAAACAUCCUCAGAUGCUUAUUAAUAUAACAAUCAGACCAACACCCAUUUACAUAUUCACAGAACAUAAUUAACGCAACAAAUAAUAUUUUUUUUUUUUAAGAAUAUUUAUCAGAUCUUUUUUUUUUAAUAUGACCAAUAUUCCCAUUCACCUCCAAUAAGUCGGGAAAGACUGUGCUAGGAGUGGGUACGACAAUAUACCAACGGGGCGGGGAUUGAACCACCACCCCUCGGUGAUGAGUCCGACCGCUCUUACUGUUGAGCUAUUGAGGCUAUAUAUUUCAUGAAUUGGCUUUUUAAUGAAUGCGUUACGAAGGUAAGCUAUUGUAAAUAUUUCUUCAUAUUCAUAAAAUCAACAAUAAUAUUGUAUUGCGUUAGGAUAAAACAAAGUGUUAAGUAAAUUUGUUUUAUUUUGCACAAAAUUUUAACAAUUUUAGGUACUUGUUAGAUGUUAAUCUCACUCAUUGGGUAAUAAACUCAUUGGGUGAAUACCCAAUUAGUUCUACUCCUGUAUGGAGACUCACUUUUUAUUGGGUGACACCCAAUCAUUGGGUUUCAAAACUAAUUGUGUGAACACUGUAAUUGUGUGAUAUUUCAUAUGAGUGUGUUUAAAUCACUCAUUGGGUGAGUAUCGACACCCAAUCAGUUCUACUCUUGUAUGCAGGAAACUCGCUUUUCAAUGGCUGUCACCCACUCAUUGGGUUUGACAUCUCAUAAGGUGAAUAUCGACUCUAAAUGAAUUCUACACCUGUAUGCAGGAGACUCACUUCUCAUUGAGAGUAUUAAACUCACUCAUUGGGUGUCAAAACUCAUUGUGUGGCUAAGUCACUCAUUGGGGGAAUAUCGACACUCAUUAAGUAUGACCAUUGUGAAGUGAGUCUUCUGUAAGCAGGACUCACUUCUCAAUGUGUGACACCCACUCACUGGGUGUCAAAACUCAUGAAUAUCAACACCCAAUGAGUUUUACACCUGUAUGCAAGAGACUGUGAUAGCCUGUAUGUGAGAGCUGUGAUAGCCCAGUGGAUAUGACCUCUGCCUCCGAUUCCGGAGGGUGUGGGUUCGAAUCCGGUCCGGGGCAUGCACCUCCAACUUUUCAGUUGUGUGCAUUUUAAGAAAUUGAAUAUCACGUGUCUCAAUCGGUGAAGGAAAACAUCGUGAGGAAACCUGCAUACCAGAGAAUUAUCUUAAUUCUCUGGUAUGUGAAGUCUGCCAAUCCGCAUUGGGCCAGCGUGGUGGACUAUUGGCCUAACCCCUCUCAUUCUGAGAGGAGACUCGAGCUCAGCAGUGAGCCGAAUAUGGGUUGAUGACGACGAUGCAAGAGACUCCCUUCUGAUUGGGUAUUAAACUCGCUCAUUGGGUGUUGUUACUAAUCGACUAAGAUUACAAUUAUUUAUUAUCAAUAAUUAAUAAAUAAUUGUAAUCUUUUCGUAAAUAAAAUUAGUCCAUAAGAGUGGGCAGAUUAUUAUUAUCUUAAGAAAUCGCUGGAAGAACCAAACACAUAUUUCUUGGUUCGGAAAGCUUUAUACCAAUAUCCUAUUGAAAUGGCUUAGAACUUCAGAGAAAGAGUGCACCUGUGUGUGCGCACAGAUUUGUGCACUGUAUUGUCUCAUGCGCCAUUGGAUAUUCUUCGCUAUUCUGCACACCGGGGUUAAAUUCGAUAAUAAUUAUUGAAUCUAAGUAAAAUUAAUUAUUUAAUAAAAAAAAAUUGAUCAUGGUUCAUGUAACCAACAAAAAAAAAUUGACUAUACAUGUGUAAUGUAAAGAAUUAUUAUAAUUUUGUUAUUUAUUUUAUAUAUUUUAUUAAUUGUACAUUGUUAUGCUGAUGAACAGUCAAUAUAGUGGGUUAGAAAAAUCUUGAUGCUUUUUAGUUUUAUGCUGAUUUGAUUUUGAAAAGUAUGUUAAAUUAUAGCUCAGUGCAGCUCUUUCUAUCUAUAUAAUAUUAUAUAAGAAAGAAAAGGACGUGAGAUUAAAUCUCGCAUUUUUUCCAUUUGACUGUAUACAGGGGAUGGAAAAAAUAAAUUAAUUUAAUUUUACUAACCAAAUAAUAUAUUUAAUCUCAUAUGGCCACCCUGUAUACUAUUUGUAUUUCAUAUGUUGAAACUAUUGACCUCUUUUAAUAAAAGGAUGCACAAUGGUGUAGACAAUUUCACUUAAAAACUGGCCAAUUUUGCUCUGACAGAUUUAGAAUUAUUAAGAAAAUUAUACCUAAAGGCCUUUAAAUAUACUCCAAUAUUCAAUAAAAUCCCAAAUUCAGAGGAAAUUCAACCUUAAGGAUUGAGUUUAAGGUUGAAUUUGCAAAUGCGACUAUUUGAAUUGAGUGCCAAGAAGUUGUAUUUGGCACUCAUUGAGUGUGGACGUUUUUUGGUCGCUGAUUGUGCAUCCACUUUUUAAUAGGAGAUCGAUGGUUGAAAUCUACUUAAUAAUAAGCUAUUAUGUUUACUAUAAUUAUUAUGACUUAGUUAUUCUUAUUUAGGUAUAAUUUAGCUAAGUUUUACUUACCGCUGUAAAAAUAUAAUAAAGACACACAAUUUUUUAGUUUAUAUUUUAGCACCUUUAUAAAACCUUUUUGUAAAUAAUAAAUCUUCUUAAAUUUCUCUAGUUGUUAGACUACUACUAAAAUGUUACUUGUAUUAGUGUGUGUGGACAUAAUGUCCAUGAAUUUAUUACUUUUUUUCAAAAUAUAUAGAUUGCUAUACAAUGUGUCAGUUAGGUACUGACAGUCAACUGAACCGAAAAAUUGCUGAUUCAGUUAAAUUUUUUUUAGAAAUUUCAGUUAAAAUCAUUAGAAUAAAAAAAAAAUAAAAGCAGAAUUUUUUUUUUAUGUAAGCGCUCUAAAAAUAACAAAAUAUUUUUUUCUUUAAAAAUUUUAACUGUCAACUUAUAACCAUUAUAUACAAUUUAUAUGAUAGCAAAAGUUUGUCGCGAGGUUUAAUCCUAUCUAUACCUAUCAGUACUUAAUUGAAUUAAAAUCCUACUAAUAUUAUAAACGCGAAAGUUUGUAUGGAUGUUUGGAUGUUUGUUACUCUUUAACGCCGCUACUACUGAAGCGAUUUGGCUAAAAUUUGGAAUGGAAAUAGAUUUUACUCUGGAUUAACACAUAAGCUACUUUUUAUCCCGAAGAAAUCCAUGGUUUCCCGAGAUUUGCGAAAACUGAAGAUUUUAAUAAUAAGAAUGUUUGUUACUCUUUCACGCCUCGACUACUUAACUGAAUUAGCUGAAAUUUGGUAUUGAGUUAAAUUAUAGCAUGGAUUAACACAUAGGCUACUUUUUAUCCCGUAAAAAUCCAUGGUUCCCGAGGGAUUUGUAAAAAACUAAAUUCCACUAGUUGAAAAUAUAAUAAAGUUACCAGAUCAAUUUACAUAAUUAAAUUGGUAGGUACUAGUUUAUUUUCAAAUUGCGCGACAAGCAAAUUUGCUUUAAUGACAAGGUCAUAUUAAUUGUAUUUAAUGAGGUUAUAAGUUGAUAGUUGAAAUUAAUAAAGAAAAAAAUAUUUUGUUCUUUUUUUGAGCGUUUAAAUAAAGCUUUUUUUAAAAAAGUAUUCUUUUUGCUUUGGUGCCUUUAUGAGGUAUCACGGAAUAGCUUCAUAAAGAGUCUUUAGGACUUAAUCAUCAUUUAUAACUAUUAGAAUACGAAGUAAAUGUGCUCUUUCACUUAUUUAACACUCUUAAAAUGUAUGAUUUUUUAUUAUUGAUAGAUCGUACGUCCAAAAAUCUAACUAUCUUAAAAUCUAACGUUAGUGCAAUAAAGAUCUAGUUGUCAAAAGUUUAUAAACGUUUUGGGAGGCUACAAAUUAUAAUAGUAGAUUGUUAUACAAGGGGCUAAAAAGACCCAUUUUAAACGAGGUAUUUUUAGGGCACGAGCCGAAGGCGAGGGCCGCCUAAAUAGAAACCGAGUUUAUAAUGGGUUUAGCCCCGCGUGUUACACAAUUCUUUUCACUACGAUUGCGAGAACUAGAACGCUGCAUUUCAUUCCAAUUUAAAGUUUUUUAUUUAUUUUUCAAAACAAUCAGGGCCUUACCUAUAAUGAUUCUAUUUUCGAAUAAAACCUCCUCCGUUUUAUAGUAGGCUAGUGCUUGGCUAGUACACGUAACAGACAAGAAUUAAAAAAAAACAAAAUUACUUUAGCCCCUAGAGGCUGAAAUGCUUGUUUAGCCCCGCUGUGGAUUGGUAAUAUGACAGUGUUUUUGAGCAAGAGUAGUGAAAAAUAUAUUUGUACAUACAAUCGCACUUACUUGAAUACUAAUAUAGCAAUAUUAUUAACACAAUUAUGUUUUGGCUGUACUCUAAAAUGUGUAUUAUAAUUUGUAGCCUACAUAGUACUUUAAUAUACCUAUGUACUAUAGCGUCACUUGACUAUAUUGUUACACUUGGCAUUAAAAAUAUAUAAUAUAUGUCAUUUUAAAUUUAACGUGAAUGUGAAUUUAAUAUAACUAGAUAAAAUGUUAUUUUUAUAGAAUAAUUUUAGUGAUUAUUAUUAUUAUUUUAUAUUAUAUAGGUACCUACUUACACAGGCUUUUUGAAUAAACUAAAAAAAAAACAUUUGUAAAGUUGUAAACAAAUAUUUUGUUUCAAAAUAUCUAAUAUAAAAAUCAUCAACGAAAAAUAUUGUUUGAUUUAGUAGUGAAAUUGCGUUUUAAAGUAAGCUUCUGUACUAUUAAAUUGUAAAAUUAAAAAGGUAUUACACCUAAUUAACAAUAAUUUAUUUAUCAAACUUAAAUCAUUAACGAUUAACGACGAACUAAAUUGAAGUUGAAAACUUACGGGCGAAUAAAUUUACGAAUCAGAGCCUGUUGUAGUCAGACCUUCCCAUUUUUUUGGAAUUGGUGAAAGAUUGUCAGGCCAUGCUCCUAUCUUGGGUAACUUUUGGUAGACAAUUACGAGUAUGGAGUAGGUAAGUCUGAUGGCUUUGGAAAUUUCAAGGGUCCAAUCAUCCAAGUAUAAAGAGUAUAUUUUUAUAUAUACCUCGGCAUUCUUAUGAGAAAUUAUAUCCCCAGUAGCCUGUCAUUUAGCUAUGUGGCUUCCCUUUAAACACCACUGUUAAAGUUAAAAAAAGGUCUUUAACGAAGGGUUCCGACGAAGGUAAGUGUUUGGCUGUUGAGAUUUCUCAUAUUAGGAAAGAAAGAAAGAAAAAUGCGUUUAUUUCGAAAUUAUGCCACACGUCACAAUAUCUCCAGUACACCAGGACAUCCAGGACAAUACCCUGUGAUGUGUGGCAUAACCCAGAAAAUGGCCCCAGCUCAGCAUAUUGCUACGUGACCGUUUGCAUUGGAACAUGGAGCGCUGAUUUUCAGUUGGAUCCACAGAAGAUUGGACCCUUGAAACUUACCAAAGCCACAGCGGUUCUAAUUCCAACUCCAUGGAAAGAAGAAGAAAAUUUCCAACUUCUAUAAUUGGCUAUCGUAAUGAUGGUAACAACAACAACUUUCAACUUUUACAUGAUGCCGAAGGUCUGGCUAUUACACAGGCUCUUAGUUUAAAUAUAUAACUUACUCGUUGGAGUAAUUUUCAGCCCUCUGGUGUGACAAUUUUUAUGAAAUUUGUCUGGUAUUUUGUUUACAGUAGGUACGUAUUUGGUUAUUGCACGAAUUUAUAAAAUGUCUAUGUGAUUUUGUCAAUUCAUAAUAUGUUUCUUAUAACUGGCUCAUGUGACAUAAAUAUAAUUUUUGUGAAAAUA